AUGGAGUCCAAUCCCAGUCUGUUGCCUGCAGGACGGGACUCCAGCUCUUCUCCACCGAGCUCCAAACAGGACCUCCCAACAUUCAACCCCAACCUGAAACCCAACCAGGUCAGCGAGACCGCCCUGUAUGGAAUACCCAUAGUCUGCCUGGUGCUAGAUGGCCAGGAGAGACUGUGCCUGGCGCAGAUCUCCAACACCCUGCUGAAGAACUACAGCUACAACGAGAUCCACAACCGGCGCGUGGCGCUGGGCAUCACCUGCGUGCAGUGCACCCCGGUGCAGCUGGAGAUACUUAGGCGCGCGGGCGCCAUGCCCAUCUCCUCGAGGCGCUGCGGGAUGAUCACAAAGCGCGAGGCCGAGAGGCUUUGUAAAUCGUUUCUAGGAGCUCACAACCCUCCGAAACUGCCGGAAAACUUCGCGUUUGACGUGUCCCACGAGUGCGCGUGGGGGAGCCGUGGUAACUUUAUACCAGCCAGGUACAACAGCUCCCGAGCCAAGUGCAUCAAGUGCUCCUUCUGCAAUAUGUAUUUUUCUCCAAACAAGUUCAUAUUCCACUCUCACCGUACACCAGAGUCAAAGUACACCCAGCCAGACGCAGCUAACUUUAACUCCUGGAGGAGACACCUCAAACUGACUGACAAGGGCUCACCUGACGACGUGGCACAUGCAUGGGAGGACGUGAAGGCCAUGUUCAACGGGGGCAGCCGGAAGAGGACGCUGCCCGUGCACGGUCACGGGUCUGAGCGUUCCUUUCCAUUGAAACCACAUCAAGGACCUAGCAACCUCCCCAGGAGAGACUCACCGGAGAUCCCCCCUAAAAUCCUCCGCUGCGAGGACAACCGGGGAGGCAUGGGGAGUGUGACGAGCAUCACGCGCAGCUAUCCCGUUAUCCCGGUGCCCAGCAAGAGCUUCGGUAUGCUGCAGAAUGUGAAACUCCCUCCGCCGCUUUAUCCACAUCCCUACGGGUUCCCGGCCUUCGGGUUGUGUCAGAAGAAGGAGGCUGUCGGUGUGAUGGGAGGAGAGCAGAACAAAGCCCACCUCUCCGGGGUCUUCUCCUGGCCUGGCACCAAGGACAGCGCCUACCACUCUUUCCCCAUGUUCUGGCCUACUGCAGGUGGCCUCCCCAUGCCGCCCUACCCCCAGCCCCAGCCCCAGGCCCAGCCCAAACCGCACUCAGAGCUCCUGUGCGCCAGACAGAGUGAGCUGGACGCAUCCGAGCAGAGUGACAGAAGUAGCAACACUCCGAGGGACAGUCUGAUGGAAAGUGAGCAAUGCUCUAGCACCCAGUCCACCCGGAAUGAGGACGACAAGUUUGGGGAUGAGGCAAGGCCAAUGGACUGCAUAAGGCCAGUUCUACCUCGGAAGAUCAGCUACGUCUCUGCAUUCAGACCCGUCAUCAAAGACGUGGAGAGUAUAGCCAAACUUUACGGUAACCGGGGCUCGUACAACGUGGCUCGAGCUGGCUACCUGUCACCGGAUUUCCUGAGCGAGAGCUCGAGUUACACGUCCGUGUCCCCCGGAAGCGUGGACAGCGUGGGAGAGACGGACGUGGAUGUGGAAACCAAUAAGUCACAAGAGGAUGAGGAGGAGUCACUUCCGCACACCAUUGAGGUCCGCAAGAGCCCCGCUGUCCCAGUUCUAAACUUGAAACACGGUUCUUCACCAAACUGCCCAGAAUCGAAAUCAGAGCCGGAGCAGGCCGCUGUGGUCGAGAGAAUGAACCCACCUCUACACGUGGCGCUGUCUUCAGACAGAGAGAGACAGGGCAAGCAGCUUCCGGAGAGCAAUACUACCACACCUUUUGUUGAAGUGAGUGAUUGA